AUGGUCCUUCCUAUCAAGUCGCUCUGUCGUGUUCUCCGCUUCCAUGCUGUGCUCAUCUUCGGCAGGUUGAAACCUUCGUUCGACCAUCUUAUGACAGGCCAAGCGCCAGCCAUGCAGCCGCCCAAAGAUGGUAUACCGCGGCAACUACGCAUGUACGCCCCCACUGAGCAGUCGGACUCUUCAUAUUCCCUCAUUUUCCGUCGGGUUGAGGCAGGCCUGGUCAAAGCGCUCGCGUCCCGGCCCAAGGAGGAGGUGCGAUUAGCAGCUUCUCUGGUGACACUGACGGACAAAACCACCGGAGAGCCCAUCGGCCUUCCUAUCAGUCGGGCGAGCGGUUGGUGCUUCAUGGAUCCGGCGGGGAGUUUCAACACUACUGAGGACGCUCUUCAUGACCCACUGAAAGCCCUCGAGUUCCUGAAGGCCCAUGAGACCGGGUGGACUAGCGUGGAUGUCUUGGAAGCCAAUUCCGCCCCCACAGGUGCCGAAGAGGUCAUCGAGAGAUAUUUGCUAUACCGUCCAGAGAGCUCGGUUCAUCUACGUGUUGACAUCUGUGUACUCCAGGAGAACUAUUCUGGCAAAGGAGGCGCUUGCACCGUCCUUCGCUUCAACAAGGGACCCGACUUGUGGUGGCGAGUGGUUGUCCAAAACCAAGCAUUACGGGUUGAUGUCAAUCCUAUGCUGCUUCGGAAUCAGUAUACUAGAAUGAUUGGAAAGCAUACUCAUGGGCUAAGUGUAGCGGUCCGAGACCUGCUUAGGAAUGCAGAGUCUCUAGCAGCGAUGGCUGACACUAUGCCACCGCCACCACUGUGCUAUGAGAACCUCUUCACUUCUACUGGGGCAGCGGCGAGCUACAACGUCGAGGACCACUACGAUCGCAAGACGAGGAAUCAGAUAUCACAGGGCGAAUCAGAAGUUGGUGCCCUGCGGAAGUACAAUAAUCUAGUCAAGCGAGUCCUCAUCGAUAAGUUCGUUCCCGCGCAUGGGCCGGUCGUACUAGACUUGGCCUGUGGACACGGUCAGGAUCUUUGGAAAUACAGCGCUUGCAAGCCCCGGUUGUACGUCGGUGUUGACAUCUCAGCAGAGGCUAUCGAGGAGGCCAGGCGGCGGUACGCGGAGAGUGAACAGAGGCUCAAGUAUCGUGCCGUGUUCAUGCAGGGCAACUUAGAGGACGGGGCCACGUUUGACAAGAUUUUGGAAAUUGUCAGACGGGAGGGCGCGAGCUCGGGAGAUGACCAUCGAGUUUUCGACACAGUGUCGAUGCAGUUGGCCAUGCACUACCUCAUGAAGACUCGAGACGCAGCCCAACAGUUCCUUAGCCGCAUCGCAACUGUGAUCAAGCCUGGUGGAAAUUUCAUCGGCACGAUUCCCUGUAGCGAGACCAUCGUCAGCAGACUCAAGCGGGCGAGUCUUUCCUCGGACGGCUCCUCCAAGUUCGGCAAUGAAGUUUACAGUGUGACUUUUGAGAAGGAUCAGCUCCUUAAGUUGGCUCCCUCCAACCCUGUAGAGGGUAACGAGGAGGGUACGGCGAUUGAUCACAAGAAGGGCUCAACCGAGUGGGGAGUCGUCUACCAGUUCUGGCUGAUGCAAAGCAUCGAUGAUCAGGCUGAGUACUUAGUCCCCUUCAAGGCCUUUGAUGCGGUAGCUCGUGCAGCCAAUUUCAAGUGUGUGCUGCAUGCAAACUUCGGCGCCUUCCUCGAGCACUAUGAAACGAAAAGCGAGAUCGUAAAGAAGUUUCGAUGGACUCAUUCGGACGUGGUUCUAUCACCCGAAGAAGAGCAAGUAUUCAAGUUAUAUACGACGUUCGUCUUUACCUGUACUUCGUGA